AUGGGGCACCCAAACAGCAGGGUCUUGAGGGAGGGAUUCCAGUCUGGUGGAAUACCACAGCCAGAAGCCACAGCUGGACCCAGUCGCGAGUCCUGGCAUGCAUGGCGAAAACUGAGCAAUUCGGUCAAUUUGGGACCGAGCCCGGACAUCCAUGAACCUCAAAACCAGGGAUUUAGUUUACUUCAAGUUCUCAACUACAUCUACAGGAAAAGGAUUAAGAUCUCAUCUAACUAUGCUUAUGAAAAUUUAUUUUUGAACGGGAACGACAGCGACAUUAAAGUCUGUGCCCUGGGAAGAACAUGGUGUCUACACAAAGUAUUUCUAUGUCACUCGGGCUACUUUGCUAACAUCCUCAAAGGUAUUUGGAAAGAAUCACGAAAUGGUGUUAUUCGGCUGCUAAUUAGGAACGAGGAUAUUGAUACCAGAUCUCUGCACUUUGUGUUUGGUUCUUUGUACACCGAUGAGAACUUGUCACUAACACCUCUGGAAGUUCCUCGAGUUUUGGCAGCAGCGUGCCUGCUUCGGGUGGAUCGAGUAAUUCGGCAGUGUGAGGAGAUCAUGAAGAGGACCAUCAAUAGGAACACCGCAUGCUCCUACUAUCUAGCAGCAGAAACCUAUAGGUUAAAAGCCGUAAAGACCGAAUGUUUCCAGUGGCUUCUCCAUAAUUUGAUGGUACAUCCAAGUGUGGCCCUCUACAAGGCAGUGGAUUUGAAGUUGAUGUAUCUCCUUACAUCUUCUUCUCAAUUACUAGUGAUGCAAAAGGAGAUCGAUGUAUACACCGCACUGAAAACAUGGAUGUUCCUUUAUCUCAAUCCAUGCUGGAAUGGAACCAUGAAAGAGCUUUUAGAUCAUACUAACAACUGGCUUUACACCUACAUGGGAUACAUUGAUAACAUCAGUUUUCUUGAAAGUGAAGAAGGACUAAUAUUUCAACCAGUGUUUAAAAAAUUGAGGUUUCAGCACAUCAUCUGUGACUUGGCCUCCACAAGUGUUCUCGAGCGUGAUCGUCUAAUACCUGUAGAAUGGCUGUCGCCUAUUUAUAAACAUCAGUGGCUGACUUUACUGCAAGCACAAGAAUACGGCACAAUUGGACCACAAACGAUCAAUGAAGAAGAACUUGAACAGAACACGAUGAGGUGUGGCAAAAGGAUCCCCAAAGAUGGUAGAUACACUUGGAAGUGGUCUGCUGGUAGACUUUGCUUUCCUUUACGUGUCACCUUUACCAGCCACGGUGUAAUUUUGAGGCAAAGACAUCAGGAGUGUGAUGGUUCCUCCUGCCAAAACCACAUCCGAAAUGUCGUAUUCAGAAUAACUUUGGUGUGUUUUGAUUCCAACGAAAAAAUAACUUUCAUUAAAACAACAGGUUAUAAAAUCCUUACCUUUGAAUUUAACGAGGAGCAAACUGUAAUGAAAUUGGAUGCGGAAGCUCUAACCUUUCCUUUGUAUAUAUUCGGCAAUUUCCUGUUCUUAAACCUAGGAAAUGCUGAAAACAAGUAA